GGUUGCCGACAUGUACAAAUGGUCUUCUACUUUUUUUUAAUGACAUUCACUUACUGUAUGAGAUCAGUACUAUCAGUUGCUAUAGUUGCGAUGAAUGAUCCAAAAACAUCAAUAAACAAAGACAUUGAAGUUUACGACUGGGACAACCAAAGCGUGGUGCUAUCUGCCUUCUUCUGGGGCUACGUCCUCCUGCAAGUCCCCUCAGCUCAAUUAGGUAAAAAAUUCGGGGCUAAAUGGAUGCUGGUGGGGUGCACCUCCCUCGAUUCCCUGUCUUGCAUCCUCAUCCCCGUGAUGGCCAGCCGAUUCGGUUCUACGGGGGUGAUGAUUUGCCGCGUUUCCCAAGGCCUGGCCCAAGGGGGGGUGGCCCCCUUGGUGCACACGCUGCUGGGAUGUUGGGCCCCGCCUAGCGAGAGGUCUGUCAUGGCAACAGUCGCCUAUACCGGUGGGACCUUUGGAAUCAUCUUAUGUCUGCCGAUAACAGGGGUGAUUUGCUCGGGAUAUUGGGGCUGGCCGGCUUCCUUUUACCUCUUCGGAUCUCUGGGCUUGAUGUGGGCCUUGGCCUGGUCUGUAUUCGGAGCAGACACACCCAGUACACACAAGACCAUCAGCAAUAUCGAAAGAAAAUACAUAGAGACCAGUUUGGGACAAAUAGAAUACAAAGUAUGUGGGUUAAAUCAUUCAUUAAAAAGAAUAUUCUCAGAUACGAAUAUGAACAUAAAAAAAAUGGAUAUCUAUCGGGUUGGUCACAUAAAAACCGGAAGUUUUUAUUUUCCUCGUGGUUUCAUCAUUUCUCAACCGAAUUCGAAUUUCUUGGCGUCGUUUCAUAGCUAA